AUGCAGGCCAUCGCCGAGGGCCUCGCAGACCACAAGAACCUACGAGACCUAAGCCUGGGCAAGAACGGCUUCGGCGAUGCUCUCGCUGCUGGCCUGGGCGGACACGCGGCCUUGAAGGCGCUGAUGCUCUACGGAAACCGCAUUGGCGACGGUGGCAUCAAGGCUUGGCACGGGGCAUCCUGUGCGCGGAUGGUUUGCUGGAAGGGUGGCAUCAAGGCUUGGCACGGGGCAUCCUGUGCGCGGAUGGUUUGCUGGAAGGCCCUGGCCAGAGCGCUGCGGCCACAUGCGAAGCUCAGCGACUUGAGGGUGUUCAGCAACUCCAUCACAGAUGUCGGGCUCCAGGUGAGCAUGCUGUCCAAACGUGCAUGGAAAGCAGAAAGUAGCAGCUGGGGAGGCCGUGUUGCCAUGCUGAAUUGCAGCCCUGUAGAAAGCCUCGUGAUGGAGUGGAAUGUGCUUGCCAGAUUGAUACUUGUUUUGGGAACUGCGCAGUAUCUCGGCUUGCGCGACAACAGCUUCGGCGAUGAUGGCGCGCAGGCCUUGGCCGGGGUCCUGCCGCGACUGCUGCAAUUGACCGGGCUGACCCUGAGUCAGAACCGCGUCAGCGAUGCGGGAGCCGAGGCCUUGGUCCACGGCCUCCGCGACAACAGGGUGCUCAAAACGCUCUGGCUCCACGAGAAUUCUCUCAGCGACGCCGGCGUGGAGGCAGUCGCCGCUGCCUUCCGGGAUCGUACCAUGGAAGAUCUGAAGCUCCGCCCGCAGCGCUAG